UCUUCAUUCUUCAAAUAUAAGUAAGCAAUCAAAGUUAACUCACAAAACAUUCCAAGAACUUAUCUAUCAUUUAAAAACAUCAUGUUAACAACUAAUUAGAAAGUGACUACACCAAACAAAUAGAAAGAACAUAACCUCAACAAUAACAUCAAUAACUAACAGCACUAUAGGAAAGUGUUACAAUUGCACUAAAUAGUCUAUGUUUUCUUGAAGAAGGUGAAUAUUACAAUGGAGGGUGUGGAUUUAAUUGAGAAGAAUGAAGUUAACAAUGAUGAAGGAAACAAAGAAUGUCAAAAUGGUAGUAAUGAUGUGAUUUUGGUUGAUUUGGAUGAAGAACAUGGUCUAGAGAGCAAUUCUAGCAGUAGUGUUAUGGAGUCAUCCAUGGAAUUGCCGAUUGAGGAAGUUUCUUCAUGUGAUUGUACUAGUCGAGAUGGAAGUGAAGUCGAAGAGGAAAAGGAUUCGAGCAGUGAAAAUUUUGAGAAACAAGUUUCAGUAUUGCCAAUGCCAGUGCUAGAGAUUGAGAUGAUGAAGGAGAGGUUUGCAAAAUUGUUACUUGGAGAAGAUAUGUCAGGUUCUGGAAAUGGGGUCCCUACAGCUUUGGCUAUAUCUAAUGCCAUAACUAAUCUAUGUGCCACUGUUUUUGGCCAACUUUGGAGAUUGGAACCUCUGUCACCAGAGAAGAAAGCAAUGUGGCAAAGAGAGAUGGAAUGGCUUCUUUGUGUUAGUGAUCAUAUUGUUGAAUUCAAGCCUACUUGGCAAACAUUUCCAGAUGGAAGCAGGUUUGAGGUCAUGACUUGUAGACCACGCUCGGAUCUCUACAUCAAUCUGCCAGCUUUGCGAAAAUUAGAUAACAUGCUUCUUGAAAUACUAGACAGUUUUGUCAAUACAGAGUUCAGGUAUGUAGACCAAGGUGUUAUGGCUCGCAAUGAAGACGGUUCAUCUUCUUUUCAGAGACAAGAAGAGAAAUGGUGGCUUCCUGUACCUCAAGUCCCUCCUUGCGGUCUCCAUGAAAAUUCAAGAAAGCAGUUGCAGCAUAAGCGCGAUUGCGCAAACCAAAUAUCGAAAGCUGCAAUGGCUAUUAACAACAUUACUUUAGCUGAAAUGCAGGUUCCUGAUGCUUAUUUAGAGUCUCUUCCAAAGACUGCAAGAGGUAGCUUGGGGGAUGUUAUUUACAAAUUCAUUACAUCAGAAAUUUUUUCUCCUGAAAGUUUGCUUGCUAGUCUUGAAAUAUCUUCUGAACAUCAAGCCAUAAAGAUUGCAAAUAGAGUAGAGGCUUCUAUUUAUAUUUGGCAUAAAAAGACCAACUCAAAGCCUGCAAAUCGCGCUACGAGAUCAAGUUCAAGAUCAUCAUGGGGAAUGUUCAAGGAUCUAAUAGUUGAAGGAGACAAAAGUGAAAUGCUUAUAGAGAGAGGAGAAACCCUUCUACUAUCUUUGAAGCAACAUUUUCCUUUUCUCCCUCAAACAUCCUUAGAUGUGAGCAAAAUCCAAUGCAACAAGGAUGUUGGAAAAUCCAUUCUGGAGAGUUAUUCGCGAGUACUAGAGAGUUUGGCGUCAAAUAUUGUUGCGCGGAUUGACGAUGUGCUUUACGUAGACAACUUAACCAAACAUUCUGAUAAAUUCUCAUCUCUAUCAAAAGUUGGUGUAAUCACUACUAAGAGUAUUUCAGUUCCAUAUAGUAAGAUUGUGACAAAUUUUUUUAGCAUUGAUAGAAAAGAAGACAGUGCUUGUCCAAUUGAGAAGUUGGUUCCAAAAUUAAAAACAUUUGAUGAAGUGCCAGAAUUGGAAACCGAUAUGGAAUCUAGUGAUUGCAUAGAAGAUAUUCAGCUCAAUUUAAUGGAUCAGGCAUGGAUAGAGUGAAAGGAUUUUUACACCAUAGAUAGAUGAGAUGGUGCAUUUUUUUUCUUGCGAUUGUUUAAUUUUCUAUUUGGGGUGUUUGUAUAUUUUGUGAAUCUGAAAUGGAAGAAUUUCAAGGAACUAUGUAAAAGUUCAGUGAGAGGAAUAGAAAAUAAUGCAUUGUUCUGUAAUUUUGAUUA